ACGAUACUGUAAUGCGAGUACGAGGCAUUUCCGAGUGGAAAGGAACCAAUGUCCAUGGUUCGAUUAAUCUUGACCAAGAAUUUAACUACCGUCAAGCCAUGAAAAAAUUCUCCGACCCUUCUCAACUUAGCAAUGAUCGAUUCCUUGUUAGCCAGAUCAACUUAAAUGUUUACGGCCAAACCACCCUUCGCACUCGUGAACUUUGCGAGGAAAUAAUUCGAGAUCUUGAAUUGGCCGUUAAAAGAUCACCCAAAAUAAUUUUGGAUUUCACAGAUAUUUGUGAAGUUAGUCAAGCUUUCUGCGGUUUUCUAAAACAAUUUGUGGUAAGGCAUUCGCAUAUACAAAUUAUGAUCAUGAUUCCUCCAACAGCAGAUGAAGAGCUCAGAGAAGAUUUACAAGAAUUGAUUGAACUAGCAGCCAAGAAUAAUCUC